UGGCGUUGAAAGGGGCACUGAGGGGCAUCUAGCCCAACCCUGUGCAAUGCAGGAGUCUCAGCUAAAGCAUCCAACCUCUAGUUGAAACGUCCAAUGAAGAAAAGUCCCACCAUCUUCUGAGGGAGUCCAUCCCACUCUUGAACAGCUUGUACCACCAGAAGGGUCUGCCUGAUGUUUAGCUGGAAUGUCCUUUCUUGCAGCUGUGCCUCUUGAAUACAGUGGGAAGGUGGCGCAGGGGUGGUGCUCUCGAUGAAGCCCCUCUCAGUGGCGGCAGAACAUUGGGAGACAAACUAGACCUCUGCCUAGGGCAUUCUGAAGCAUUCAAAGCUCUGCAUAAAGACAUUCUUACACUAUCCCUAUAAGGUGGACCAGCAGCAUUUCCCCAAUACAGUAUUGCAGGGAGUUGAGAGAAGAGAUGGAGAAUGGAGAGGGGUUCGAAUCAUAGACUCUGCUCUCUGAAUUGUGUUGCUUAUUGACAUCUGUAUUGGACACACACAACCGGCAUUGGCGGAACCAGUUUGAGUGUUUCAUAAUUAUUGCUUUCUUAAAUUGUGAUUUCAAAGUGGGGGGGGGUGUUUUGGAGGGGGCAUGGAGCUAUGUAUGCUGCCUUGAGCUGGAAAGGUGGCUGUGACGUUGCUCUAAUAUGCUGGAGCAGAGGAAAGAGAGUUGCCAUAGAAUCAUAGAGUUGGAAGAGACCCCAAGGGCCAUCCAGUCCAACCCCCUGCCGAGCAGGAAACACCAUCAAAGCAUUCUUGACAUAUGCCUGUCAAGCCUCUGCUUAAAGACCUCCAAAGGAGGAGACUCCACCACACUCCUUGGCAGCAAAUUCCACUGCCGAACAGCUCUUACUAUCAGGAAGUUCUUCCUAAUGUUUAGGUGGAAUCUUCUUUCUUGCAGUUUGAAUCCGUUGCUCCGUGUCCGCUUCUCUGGAGCAGCAGAAAACAACCUUUCUCCCUUCUCUAUAUGGCAUCCUUUUAUAUAUUUGAACAUGGCUAUCAUAUCACCCCUUAACCUUCUCUUCUCCAGGCUAAACAUACCCAGCUCCCUAAGCCAUUCCUCAUGAAGAAUGGGCAGGCUGACCUCUCCCAGCAGGCAGCCUGAGCUGAGGUCCCAAGUUUGUAGCCCUGACUAUCCUGGGUGUGUCCCAGGUUCUUUUUCGUUUGGUUUUUAGGGAGGGCUUUUCAUGAUUCCAUUCUUGGCCACACACACACACACUCUUAAUUCAAAAUCAGGGAUGUGGGCUGGAGACACAUUUUUUUUAUAUUUUUAUGGUUCUUUAGCUGCAUUGCAGUUAUACCUAUUCCACUUCUCCUGCAAAUUGCUCAAAGCAAUAUUCAUGGGUCUCCUUUUACCAGUGUUGAUCUCAAGCCUAAUAAUAAUAAUAAUAAUAAUAAUUAAUAAUAAUAAUAAUUUAUUUAUUAUUUAUACCCCGCCCAUCUGGCUGGGUUUCCCCAGCCACUCUGGGCGGCUUCCAACAGAAAAAUAAAACACAGCAAUCUAUUAAACAUUAAAAGCCUCCCUGAACAGGGCCGCCUUCAGAUGUCUUGGGUGUCAUGGGCCCAGCUCUGUGGAACCCCUGCUGUUAGAGAUUCAGGGGGCGCCUUCUGUGCUAGCUUUUAAACACCUGCUGCAGGCUAUUCAGAUGACAUCCCUCACAAGGGUCUAUUGAUGCUUGUGUUUUAGAUAGUUCUUUUUUGCUUUUAACCUGUUGUUAAUGAUGUUUUUGUUUGGUUUUAUGUUUUUAUAUUGCUGUAAACCCCUGGCAUAUUUUUUUCUGAUGCAGCUGUCCAUAAAUAUUAACAUACAAGCAAGCAAUCCUGGGAGGUACUUUAGACUGAGAGACAGUGACUUUCUGGUCCAAGGUCACACAGUGAGCUUUGUGGGUGAGUGGUGAUACACCCCCCCCCAGCUCCCUCUCUGCUUAAUAUGACGCAUAAUCACAUAAUAUUUAUAAUAAAUGCAUAAAUACAUAUGAUGGUUUAUGCCGCAAAACUAACAGUGGCAGGGAUACCUUUUCGCAAUGGCCACUGUGGCAUUGAAUGCAAUACCAAAAUAGAGCACAGACUUCAAAACACCCACAUGAAAUCAAAAUGAAAUGUUUCAGAAGUUCCUGCAAGGAUGGAGCAUUGCUCUAAAGACAGUGGCGAGGGGUCCGGGUUCUCCUGCCUCCAGAGAGGAGCCCCUGAACCUGGACUAGACACCCAGCUUCAAAACUGGAAUGAAACAACCGGUCACAGAAAUCACAUCCUGCUUAGAUAAUGCAUUCCAGUUCCUUAGCUCAAGAAAUCUGAGGCUGGGGAACCUGGAGAGCUAUUGAGGCUUUGUACAACAUACAUUCAAAGCACAUUUCCUCCCCUCCCCCCCCAAUACUUGAAUUUACUUUAGUUGUUGGCUUUUAAAAAAAUGUUCCAUUGGUGCAAUGAGUUUUUGGGUUUCCUAAAUAGGUGCUUCAGUAUCAAAGCAUAAUGUGUAUAUUUUAAGGUGUCAUGUUACAGAUUGUUUGUGUUAAAGGGAGCACAGCCAAGAAAAAGAGCGGCAGCCACGCUAAAGCAUUUAUUUUGUUGCCACAAAGUUGCUAACUUUAAGCAAAGCAAAGAAAAACCAAAAUCAAGGGUUAGCUCCGUUUUUAAAAAAUUCCCAAAGUUUCCCAGCAUACAAAUGCAAAAGCAUCAUGAAUGGUGUCAGAGGAAGGAGGUGUGGUGGCAAACGGGAGCCCCCGUCCCCCCGUCCCUCAAGGCACCUAGCAGAGAAAGUAUUUACACUUCAUUUCGUUCUUUUGUAUCGCUUGGCACAGCCGGGCUUGCUGCACCUCGUGAAUCUCCACCCUGAGGAGGGUGUUCCUGUACCUGAAAGUCUGCCGAGCUCCUGUCUAGCCCUUGGUAAGGUGUGAUCCUGGGGCCACGUUCCCAGGAUUGUGACCUCCCCUCCCAGUUCAUCUCAUGACUCAGCCCGCCUCUGCCUCUGCCUGAUCAUUUUAUUACCGUUGGAACCAAGUAAAAACAUUUAUUCGGCUGUUUCUAAUGAGUUUCUUUGUUUCUUACAUUCAAAAUAGAGAGGAGAAAGGCUUGAGCUUUGUCGCGUGUCCCUUGGGGACCUCCAUAGACAGAAACUCUGAAGUUACAUAAACAAGCUCCUUUACUACCCUUGGUUGGAGCUCCUCAAGCCCUGGAGAUUUGAAUUCAUUUAAAAUAGCUAGGAGUUCCCUUCGACAGCCAAGAGGGAGCCCCCACCCCACCCCCAAGAAAACUCCUCUGCGCAGCAACGCGCGCGGUUUCUCCUGGGCUCCUGAUCUGGAGGCGAAAACGCAGAGAAGGGUGAGCCGGGUGCGCACGGCUUGCCAAGGGUUAAAAGGAGCUGAGAUGGAUUCCUAGAGAAGGCAGGAAAUAAAAGUGGGGGUGGGGUGGGGUGGGCAGGUCCUCGCCCCCCCCAUCCCUUCUCGCAAGAGGGGGAGGGGGCUGUCGUCUCCUUUGCAAAUGCUGUCUCGGCGGCGCCUUCUGCGCUCUGGCUUCCUGAGAGCACAGAUGGAUGAGCAAGACCCAGCUGGCCCUGAAGCGGGAAGAGGCCAGGCCAUGGAAACUGGGAGCAGUGGGGGAUUCUGGGAAAACUCAGUGCAGAAGCUCCUGGGUGAGGUGAACACCCUCCACUCAGAGGUGCAGAGCCAGCAGUUGAGGCAGUUCUGCAACCAGGAGGCCCAAGGACCCCGAGAGGUUUGCAGCUGGUUCUACCACCUUGACCAUCAGUGGUUGAAGCCAGAAAGGCACACGAAAGCUGAGAUGCUGGACCUGGUGAUCUUGGAGCAAUUCCUGGCUGUCCUCCCAUUGGAGAUGGAGAGCUGGGUGAGGGAAUGUGGAGCAGAGACCAGUUCCCAGGCAGUGGCCCUGGCUGAAGGGUUCCUCCUGAGUCAGGCAGAGGAGAGGAAGCAGGAAAAGGAUCUGUUUGAAGAAAUGGGCUCCAAUUCCUCUGAGGCAGAGAGGACCAUGUUGGACACCAGAGAGAGUUCACUAGGUGAAAGAAGAAGGCCGGCAAGACCUCCUCAUCCAUCUUUUCAUGGUGGUGGAGAGGAAGCAGCAGCUGUAGAAGCAGAUCAGGGUCCAGUGUGCUUUGAAGAUGUAGCUGUGCAUUUCACGGAGGAGGAGUGGGCGUUGCUGGAUCCUGACCAGAGAGCGUUGCAUAAGGAAGUCAUGGAGGAGAAUCGUGGGAUCAUGGCCUCCCUUGGUGGUAAUGAAUUGGAAAUGAAUAACAGGGGAGACCACGACAAAAUCCACACAGUAGAGAAACCAUAUGAAUAUUUGGAGUGUGGAGAGAGCUCCAUCUCCCUUUCCACUUCCUAUCAAAUAACUCCUAUUGGGACGAAACCAUAUCAGUGUUUGGAAUGUGGAAAGAGUUUCACCCGGAAGGAAAGUCUCACUGCCCAUCAGAGAAUUCAUACACCGGAGAAACCAUUUCACUGUCAAGAGUGUGGAAAGAGCUUCAGAUGGAAGUCAAAUCUCACUUCCCAUCAAAGAAUUCAUAUGGGGGAGAAACCAUUUCAGUGUUUGGAUUGUAGAAAGAGCUUCACCCACAAGAAAAUCCUCAUUUCCCAUCUAAGAGUACAUACAGGGGAGAAACCCUAUCAGUGUUUGGAAUGUGGAAAGAGCUUUAGUCACAGUGCCUCUCUCAGUUUACAUCAAAGAAUUCAUACAGGGCAGAAGCCAUAUCAGUGCUUAAAAUGUGGAAAGAGAUUCGGUCGAAGCUCUACUCUCACCAAUCAUCAAAUAACUCACACAGGGGAGAAACCAUAUCAGUGCUUGAAAUGUGGAAAGAGCUUCACCCAGAAGGAAAGUCUCUCUGCCCAUCAGAGAAUUCAUUCACUGGAGAAACCAUUUCAAUGUAAAGAGUGUGGAAGGAGCUUCAGUUGGAAGGCAAGUCUCACUUCCCAUGAAAGAAUUCAUACAGGGGAGAAACCGUAUCAAUGUUUGGAAUGUGGAAAGAACUUCAGUCAUAGCUCCCAUCUCGCUUCUCAUCAAAGAAUUCAUACAGGGGAGAAACCAUAUCAAUGUUUGGAAUGUGGAAAGAGCUUCAGUCAGAGCUCACAGCUCACUUCCCAUCAAAGAAUCCAUGCAGCAGAGAAACCAUAUCAGUGCUUGGAAUGUGGAAAGAGCUUCAGUAGAAAGGACAAUCUCACUUCCCAUCAAAGAAUCCAUACAGGGGAGAAAUUGUACCAGUGCUUGGAAUGUGGAAAGAGCUUCAGUCACAGCAACCAUCUUGCUUCCCAUCAAAGAAUUCAUACAGGGGAGAAACCCUAUCAAUGUCUCGAAUGUGGAAAGAGCUUCAGAAAAGGCAUCCAUCUCACUUGCCAUCAAAGAAUUCAUACAGGACAGAAACCAUAUCAGUGCAUGGAAUGUGGAAAGAGCUUCAAGUGUGGAAAGAGCUUCAGGUGGAAGACAAAUCUCACUUCCCAUCAAAGAAUUCAUACAGGGGAGAAACCAUAUAAGUGCUUGAAAUGUGGAAAGAGCUUCUCCCGCAAGGAAAGUCUCAUUUUCCAUCUAAUUAUUCAUACAGGGCAGAAACCCUAUCAGUGUUUGGAAUGUGGAAAGAGCUUCAGUCAAAAGGGCAAUCUCACCUUCCAUCAAAGAAUCCAUACAGGGGAGAAAUCCUAUCAAUGUUUGGAAUGUGGAAAGAGCUUCACCCACAAGCAAAGUCUCACUUCCCAUCAAAGUGUUCAUACAGGGCAUAAGCCAUAUCAGUGCCCAAAAUGUGGAAAGAGAUUCGGUCGGAGAUCCUACCUCACUUCCCAUGAAAUAAUUCAUACAGGGGAGAAACCAUAUCAAUGCUUGGAAUGUGGAAAGAGCUUCAAUCAGAGCUCUGGUCUCACAUCCCAUCAAAGAAGUCAUACAGGGGAAAAACCUUUUCAAUGCUUGGAAUGUGGAAAGAGCUUCAUUCACAAGGCCAGUCUCACUUCCCAUCAAAGAAUUCAUACAGGGGAGAAACCAUAUCAAUGCUUCGGAUGUGGAAAGAGCUUCAGAAAAAGCGUCCAUCUCACUUUCCAUAAAAGAAUUCACACAGGGGAAAAACCAUACCAGUGCUUGGAUUGUGGAAAGAGCUUCAGUAGAAAGGACAAUCUCUCUUCCCAUCAAAGAAUCCAUACAGGCGAGAAACCAUAUCAGUGUUUGGAAUGUGGGAAGAGCUUCAGUCGAAAGGACCAUCUUACUUCCCAUCAAAGAAUUCACAGUGUGAAACCAUAACCUUCUUUGGAGGUCUUUAAGCAGAGGCUUGACAGCCAUCUGUCAGGAAUGCUUUGAUGGUGUUUCCUGCUUGUCAGGGGGUUGGACUGGAUGGCCCUUGUGGUCUCUUCCAACUCUAGGAUUCUAUGAUCUAUAGUAAACUCCCCCAAUGAGAUCACUGUUAUUUUUCUCUCCCUUAAUUUUGACCCGGAUACUCUCAAUAUGGCUUUGAAGUUUUAAAUCCUGGAUCUUUUCACAGGUAUACACAUCCCUGACGUAUAACGCCACUCCUCCUCCUUUCCUGUUUGGUCUAUUUCUCUGAAAUAGAUUGUAUAUUACUACAUUCCAAUCAUGAGACUCAUUCCACCAGGUUUCAGUGAUGCCUAUUAUGUCGUAUUUAGUUUGCUGUACCAAGAGAUAGUAGCUAAGCAACCAGAAGGGAGGGAUCAGUUGGCCACAUCAAUUGAGAGUGGGUGAACCCCCUCCCUCCCCCCAAACUCGGAGGUCUGAGCGUCUCAGCCUGUGGAAGUGGGGGGAGGGGUCAGAGUGAGCAACUGCUGUGCUUGCAGAGGGUUGUGUGUCUGAACUUGCAACACGAUACUGCAGGUAUCCCCAAACUGCGGCCCUCCAGAUGUUUUGGCCUACAACUCCCAUGAUCCCUAGCUAACAGGACCUGUGGUCAGGGAAGAUGGGAAUUGUAGUCCAAAACAUCUGGAGGGCCAAAGUUUGAGAAUGCCUGCGAUACUGUAAUAAAGAGACUAUAAAUAUACUGAUUGCUCAUCAAUUCUUAUCUGUGAGCUACCAGAAGGGAGAGGGGAACUCCCAUACUUGACAAAGGGGGACCUGUGGGCACCUUCAGUACUGUAUGGGGGGGAGCCUGUGCCCUGUGGGUGGUUUUAGUUGUGCUGCCUCCUUUCAAGAAGCGUUGGACCAGGGAGAGGGAACCCAGAGGGACUGCUGCGGAACUGAGCCCAAGGCUGCUACGUGUGUGCGUGGGGGGGGGCUGUUGCUGGGGAGCCUUUGAUCCAGGGCAUCCUUCAGGAAGGGCAGGAACUCCAGUACCUGUCCUGCUAGGGGAUCCGCCUUCUUUCUACCUGCCCACCUGAGGGAGGCUUGCCAGGUGAGUUUGUGGGUGUGCUGGGUGGGCUGUCUGUGGGAAUAUCAGGUGGCAGGUGGAAGGUCAAUCAGUCCUAAUUCCCUUAGGACCCCAGAGUCUGGAGAGUGGACCUCUGCCUGUGGCAACUCCUGUAGGGCAGAGGUCGAGGGUCUGCCCCAGAUAGGGCCAUGAGUUCUGCAGAUCCUCCUUGGGAACUGCUACAAUGAUCUCUCUCCAGAGUAGAUCUCCUUGCAGGUCCCAGAAGAUUACACUUCGCCCAUAGAGCUCAUUGCUUUUCUCCUAUCUCCUUCCGCUUUGGCUAUUUCACGGUUGCCUACCCCUGAACUACACAAAAAGGGGGGGGCUCAGUCAAUCGUGCUAAGGCUGAGCUGUGGGGCUGAAGGUUUUGCAGUGUUCCUGCUAGAAGAGUUUGGAUUUGAUAUCCCGCUUUAUCACUACCCGAAGGAGUCUCAAAGCGGCUAACAUUCUCCUUUCCCUUCCUCCCCCACAACAAACACUCUGUGAGGUGAGUGGGGCUGAGAGACUUCAGAGAAGUGUGACUGACCCAAGGUCACCCGGCAGCUGCAUGUGGAGGAGCGGAGACACGAACCCGGUUCCCCAGAUUACAAGUCUACCGCUCUUCACCACUACACCACACUGGCUAGUCACCUACUACACACAAUAGGGGGCGCUGUUUGGUAAUACCCGAUUGGCUAGCUGUCAGAUUUCAGAGCUCCCCACUGGUCGAUCUUUGGUAAUUCUCAAAAUACAAGAUACAGGUAGGUAGCCAUGUUGGUCUGACGUAGUCAAAACAAAAAUUAAAA